CACCGCUCAGGUGCUUACGCUCUGCGCCUGCGCCCUGCGCACCCCGCCCCGCCAGGUGCGCCCCGCCCCGGGCUGGCCACCUACGGUAGCUGCUGCCUGACCUCCGCCAUUGACUCUGGGGACCCCGAGUGCUUGGAGGUGUGGCGGGGUUCUGAGCGCCGGAGGGUCGCUGAGUGUCGCUAGGGGGAAAAGGGCGAGCGAGGAACGGACUGACGUAUCGCGACGUCAAAGGGCAGCGCCUCGGUACACCGAAGGUCCUAGAAAAGGGCUUCCGGACUCUUUGGCCCCUCGGCGACCCCCGCUGCGCCCGCACCUCGACACAGGGUCCUCCACUGCGCGUGCGCGGCGAGGGUCUUCCCGCACCUGAUCGCGAGACCCCAACCGCCGGCAGCUCGAGGCCUGGUCUGCGCGUCCCGUUGGAGCGGGUCAUGGCGCAGCUGUGUGGACCGAGGCGGUGCCGGGCGCUCCUCGCCCUGCCGGGAUCGCUGCUCCUCUGCGGGGCGCAGGCGGCCGACGGAGAACGUGACAUCCACGACUCCUGCCAUGUCUCGAAGGUGGUGGGAAGAUGCCGGGCCUCCAUCCCUAGGUGGUGGUACAACGUCACUGAAGGGUCCUGCCAGCAGUUUGUGUACGGGGGCUGUGACGGAAACAACAAUAAUUACCAGAGCAAGGAGGAGUGUCUUAAGAAAUGUGCCGGUGUCACAGAGAACGCCAUCGGGGAUCUGGCCACCAGC